GAAUCAUACGAAAACUUCCGAACGCAGAAAUGGACUGGAGCACCACCGUAAGGCAAAUUCCUCACAUCUACGACACCAUCUUCGGGGCGCUUCCGAUGGUAGAUCGGCUCACAGUAUCGGCAGUUUGCUCCCAAUGGAAUACGGCUAUCAACCACUCCCGGAAACUUAUGCAGAACCUGGCGUUGCGCGUUCUGCGCACUGUUAACAACAAGCAGGAGAUAAUCGGCAUCGAGGAGGUGGAAAACAGUCAGCGCUUGUACAACAAACUUCUCAUCGCUCCCAACGCAGAGGAGCGCAUCGAUUGGGAAGAUCUGAGCACAGUAUUGCAGCGUUUGAACAACCGAUGCCCCAUUCGAUGGGUUAAAAUAGACGGAUCCAGGAAUAUUCUCGCUACAUCCCCUCUGGCGUUGAUGGGAUUUGGACAAAUAUUCAGCAACUUGCAACACCUGGAGUUGAACUGUCGUAGCAUGACCUACGUGUUGGACUCGCGAACAGUGGAUUCCUUCUCGAACUUCCCACAGCUUAAACGCUUAGUGCUGUUCGAAGGACAUGGAGGAAUGCUGAAGUCUGUCCAGCGGCACUGUCGUCAUCUUAGAAAACUAGUACUGAUCAAAUUUGUCCUGACCAAACCGCUCCGGGAAUUGCUGAAUUUCCCCGAGCUGACCGAACUGGUUAUAGACAUGCUGGAUGUUUACGUGGAUCCAAGAAUAGUGGGAGAACCGCAGCAGGGACCGCGAUCUGCGCUCGCGCUACCCAAGCUUACCGAAAUGACCGUGCUGUUGAAUGGUAGCCUGAGGGAAGAUGUUGCGACGAAUAUGCUGCAAAUGACACUAGCUGCUCCAUCGUUAAAAAUUGGUCGUAUGACCGAGGUGAUCAGUGACCACGUACGAAUCGAGGCCGGUGCUAAGGCAAAGUUUUACCGAAGUGGUCGGGAGGCCCUGCUGAUGGCGAACUGCCAGUCGGAGUUUACUGCAGAAUAA